AUGUAUCCCUUCGGUCCUGACUUUGGCUUUGGGCGUCGCCGCCCUCGAAAUGGGCCGAUAUUCUUCGAUGAAGAUGUCGAAGAAAUGUACUGUGCCCAUCAGCAUCGGCAAUACGCAAAUGCCCAGCAAGCGCAUGCGCAGUUUGGUGACCGCCAUGGCCGCCGCGGUAGAAACGAGCGUUUCGAUCCUCGGCAGCCCGAACGAGGACGGCCCUUCCACCACCCAAUGGAUAGAGAGACCAACGCGAGAGCAUCCGCAAGCGGCGGCACAGGAUACGCCGCCUGCACGCAGGAGCAGAUAGAUGUUCUGCAGAAGAGUAUUCUCGACCUCCACGAAGGCUUUCGCACUUUCCCCCCUCCUGUUCAGAUGCGUCAGGCUAUCUCUGGUUUCCAAGCGCUUCACUCUGUUCAGCGGACAGAAGCAGCAGCCGCUGCUCUCCGCCGGAUCAAGGCUCUCGUCAUCAGGACCAAUUUAGGUCGUGACGUCGUCUUCAAGUGCUUUAAUGACUUCGACAAGGCGCUCUUCGGCGGCGUCCUGCGCAAUCGAAUAUUACUCAGGUGGAAGCACCCACCUACCCCAGACGCUGAAUACUCCGAUAUGCUCGCUCGUUCCCGGCUGCACCCUCGCCAAGAGCGCGUAAUCAUCCUACUAAAUUCGGGAAAGCUUUCCGGGUCCUCGAAAGAGCUAUGGGGCGCCCUCCUACACGAACUUGUGCACGCAUACUUAGAGAUCCUAACGGGUCAAGGCCUCAGCGAUCGCUGUCAGGCACAGCCGACACGACACCCCCGAGUCUAUUGGAACAUGCUCGAUAUGAUCGACUACGCCUUGGGCGGCGUGAUACAGCUCAACGCCUUCGACCGUGAGCAAAUCAACCACCUACGUCACGAACGGGAGGAACGGGAGCGACAUGCACAAGAACGGGCACGGCCGCGGGCGCACUUCUUCGGAGCACGCGACUUCGACAACGAUUUUCAAGCUGGAGAUGGCGUUGGUGCUGGUGGCGAUUUCGGUGGUGGUCCCGGUCACGGCUUUCCCCAUGACCACCAUGAAAGGGCCUUUCCGCAAGAACACGCCGGCGGACACGACUGGUUCGACGAGGCUGGUACCGAUGAGCAGCCUGGCGAAGGCUUCCCAGGAGCUGGCUUCGACGGUGGACUUGGGGGAGGCGAUGGCGGUGCACAAGAACGAGGCAGACGAGAAGAAGCUAGACGAGAAGGCAAUGCACGAGAAGACGAUGCACGAGAAGGCGGUGCACGCGCGGCGCCGAAUCAAGGCGCAGAAGAGGAGAAGGCCCCAGACGAUGUCGACCCAUACAAGACGCUCGGUAUCGGCAAAAACGCGGGCUUAGCCGAGAUCAAGAAAGCCUACCAGGAGCUUUCUCUGCGGAACCACCCGGACAAGGUUAAGGCCGAAGACCGCGAAGCUGCAAACGAGCGCAUGCAGAUUAUCAAUUUGGCCAAGGAGAUACUUUCGGACCCAGAGAAGCGCUCGCGUUUCGACCGGACUGGGACGUGGAAAUAG